CCGUUUCUUCUUCUUCAUCCUCCUCUCCUGGUCGAGCACGCAUUUCCGCACCCGUGCCACGCCAGGCCACAGCGGCCUCCGACCGCCGUGGCGCACCCCGUCCGAGUAUGAAGUACGGAGAACACUUCGAAGCGGAAUCUGUGCCGGGCUGGAGUCUACACAACAUCGACUACAACUCGCUCAAAUACCAGAUCAAGGCCCACACCAGCAAAGACCAGGCCACCGCCAUUGCCAUCCCGGGACAGCAGGACUACGCCCUCAAGCGGUUCGAGGAUGCCUUCUACCACGAACUCUGCGACCAGCACAGCCGCGUCGGACUAUUCGUCUCGAGCAAAGCCGACGAGAUCUCGAGACGCCUCCACCAUCUCUCCAGCUUAGCGCACCGACUGCUCCUGCGAUGCAACCAAGUCGGCGAGGUGUCCGCCAAGCGGCAGCGACGGCUCGUCAAGUACGCCUUGCAGAUCGAGGAGUGCGAUGAGGACGUGAAGGCGUUGAGCCGAUUCGUCGGUGCUCAGGUUACGGCCUUCCACAAGAUCCUCAAGAAGUAUAGGAAAUGGACCGGCUCGACAACCUUGAGCAGCCGGUUUAAGGAAAACGUUCUCUCCUCGCCCAAGAGCUUCACGAAGCGCGAUUUCGCCCCCUUGCGGCUGCAGUACCGAGACCUUCUCGCCACCCUAGAGGCCGCGUCUCCCGAGUUGGCCACUCUCUUGCUCUCGAGCUCCGAGUGCCAGAAGGCGAAAUCUCGAUUGACGUCCCGCAGCACGAGCCGCCGAUCCUCCCAGACCCAACCGCCAGACCCCCCGCCCAUACCCGCGGCAGGGAGCUCGUCGGCCACGUACUGGAACGAGUACGAACACGGAAGCGAGGCCGGCGACAACGACGACGGAACCUACGCCAUCUACAUCGACCCGGACGCGAGCGUGACUAUCCCUGGUUUUGUCUAUAUCAAAUCCGUAUUUACCGUUCCGAUCGAUAUGGCACGGCACUGGCUGAAGGAGCGCCGCCAGUCGCCUCCGGCCGAGACGCGGUCGCUCCUCCACGACCGCGACGAGUUCGCCGACUAUUCGAGCACCCGCCGCCAUUCCGCCACCGCCACCGUAACCGACAACGAAGGGACUGAGGACGAGUAUGCGUCGUCGCUUAACUCGAGCGUCGGCCGCCGGAAGCAGACCCCCUACUCGGCACUGCCGCCGACAGAGGAAGGUCAGGAGUACCAGCUAGCCCGGUACCGUGAUAUGAUGAUGGGAAGGGCGGCCGUGCUCGCCUUCCUCACAUCCUUUAUCCUUCUCAUCAUAUCUGGGGUUCUGAUAGCGACGGGCCGGCACAAGAUGCGGCUCGAGGUCGACGCCGGCGUCGCCGUAGGAUCCGUCACGAGCCUCUUCUGCGCCUGCAUGGGACUGGGCGUCACCAUAUACCGUCAAUUCCCCGUCGGCUGUAUGUACACCAUCACCGUCUGGGUCGCGUUCACGACCGCCUGCGUCCUCAACGGUAUGCUGCUCGUGCUCGUCGUAGGCAGCAACGACUUGUGACGCCUCGAAACAUGGUAUCCUACCCACCAACCACCGACCAACAACAUCGACAUUUCCCUGCUCCCCUCCUUUUCCGGCCCUACCUUACAUAUAAAGUCGUCUAAAUUUUC